CAAAACAGCUCCUAGACUGGAAAGAGCUCUAAGCGCUCUUGACCGGAGGAAACAGGGACGCGGAUACAAGGCGCAAAAGGCGACAGAAAAAGGAGUGGGGAGCCGUGCUAGCGACUCAGUCAGUGGCCCCCAACCUAACCCAGGCGAAUAUGUGCAAAGACGGAGGGGACUUGGCAUCUUCUCCUCCCGCCUGAAGCGGUCACUGAGAGCCGAGCAGCGGUCCCUAAAGCGCGUCCCAAACUCCUUUCAAUGUAGACACGCCCCUUUCACCUUGACCACGCCCUCGGAACGUUCGUUGCACAGAUAGUAACGCGAGAAUUCUACUUGCCACCCUACGACGUGUUCACUGGUGAUAGUCGCUUUUGUUCUCGCGAUACUUCCGUGUACUCGGGAACCGGGCGGCCCGGGCUCCUGUGAAAUAUGGCGGCCGGCUGGUACCGUAACACAAGGAAAGAACAUUUUGAUGCAAAUAAGAAAGAAAUAAUCUCAGGAUAGAAGACGGAUUUUUAAAUUGCAUGACUAUAUGAAGGAAGAGGAAGGUUUUCCUGAAGAUGAGGCGACUGAAUCGGAAGAAAACCUUAAAUUUGGUGAAAGAGUUGGAUGCCUUUCCAAAGGUUCCUCAGAGCUAUGUGGAGACUUCAGCCAGUGGGGGUACAGUUUCUCUAAUAGCAUUUACCACUAUGGCUUUAUUAACAAUAAUGGAAUUCUCAGUGUAUCAAGACACAUGGAUGAAGUAUGAAUAUGAAGUAGACAAGGAUUUUUCUAGUAAAUUGAGAAUCAACAUAGAUAUCACCGUUGCCAUGAAGUGCCAGUAUGUUGGAGCAGAUGUAUUGGAUGUAGCAGAAACAAUGGUUGCAUCUGCAGAUGGUCUAGUUUAUGAACCAGCAAUAUUUGAUCUCUCACCACAGCAAAAAGAAUGGCAGAGGAUGUUGCAGUUGAUUCAGAGUAGACUUCAAGAAGAGCAUUCUCUUCAAGAUGUGAUAUUUAAAAGUGCUUUUAAAAGUGCAUCAACAGCACUUCCACCAAGGGAAGCCAAUUCAUCGCAGUCUCCAGAUGCAUGCCGAAUUCACGGUCACCUCUAUGUUAAUAAAGUAGCUGGAAAUUUUCACAUAACUGUGGGCAAGGCAAUUCCACAUCCUCGGGGUCAUGCACACUUGGCAGCACUUGUCAACCAUGACUCUUACAACUUUUCUCACAGAAUAGAUCAUUUAUCUUUUGGAGAACUUGUUCCAGGAAUUAUUAAUCCUUUAGAUGGAACUGAAAAAAUUGCUGUAGAUCACAACCAGAUGUUCCAAUAUUUUAUUACAGUUGUGCCAACAAAAUUACAUACAUACAAAAUUUCAGCAGACACACAUCAGUUUUCUGUGACAGAAAGGGAGCGAAUCAUCAACCAUGCUGCAGGCAGCCAUGGGGUCUCGGGGAUAUUUAUGAAGUACGACCUCAGUUCUCUUAUGGUGACAGUGACUGAGGAACACAUGCCAUUCUGGCAGUUUUUUGUAAGACUCUGUGGUAUUGUUGGAGGAAUCUUCUCUACAACAGGCAUGUUACAUGGAAUUGGAAAAUUUAUAGUAGAAAUAAUUUGCUGUCGUUUCAGACUUGGAGCCUAUAAACCUGUACAUUCUGUCCCCUGUGAGGAUGGGCACACAGACAACCACUUACCUCUUUUAGAAAACAGUACACAUUAGUACCUCCUGAGUGGAGAGAAACUUUUUGCCUGAGACACAAAAUCUUUUUUAAUAAUAAAAUAAUUGUGCAAUAUAUUCAAAGGAAAAAUAUGAAUGAGAACCUGGAAAACACACUUAUUUUAAAAAAAAAAAAAAGGAAAAAAAAAAUCCGAACUAGAAACCUUGUAAAUGCUGUGUCUGUUACAAAAGUUCUAGAGGAAGUUAUGGCGUUUGUAGUGAUAAGCCCAUCUGGAGUGCUGUUCCAAGAAGGCUCCUGCUGCUUCCCCAGCAAUUGGACUGUCAGAGUCAGACCCUGCUGCUUCGUGGUGGAAAACUGAAGGAAGGCGGGGAGCCCACUUAUAAAGGAAAGAGCACUGAGAAGUGCACAUGUUUGCGUCCUUCUGUUUUUAAAAGAUAUGGUGUAAGAAUAAAAUAUGUAAAACAUGGAAAACUAGUCUAGAUUUUAAAAACCUGUGAUGAGGUCACGUUGUUAAUAAAGGAAAACAGGGACUAGUCCUUGUGUUAUAGCCAUAUCGAUGUUAAGCCAUAUUGACAAGACCAUUUAUCCAGUACUUCGCUGUUGGGAAGGGAAAUAAUUUUUUUCAACUCAGGAUACUGGCUAAUUGUUCAAGGCUUUCCCAGGGACAGUGUGUAAGUGCUAUAAUAUGUAACAGACGUAUUGCUUACAGGGUAUGUAGUGAAGACUAGGGAGGAGAAGAAAGCACAUUUCUAAAACAGACUUAAGUAUCCUCAUCUUGUCACUAUGUUAUUGAUAUUGAGGAUCAUAGGAUUAGUAAUGAAAAGAUCCAUUCUGAUAGAAAGAAAUGACUAGUUUUUAAAACAUAAAGAGAAAGAAUAUUUUAUACAUGUGAUGAGUGGGAACAGGGUAACUUUAAAUGAUAUAAAAAUGUGAGCCAAAUGUUAAGUGUAAAAAAAUGUCAUAUCUGACAGGUGCCAUAUUACAGUGUCCGUUAAACUAGGAAGCUAAAUUAUGAAAGGGUCAUUGCAUUCAGGAUGCUCAAUGUGAUCGGUGAAUUAUAUUAGGUUGUGUUGUUUCAAUACUGUUUAAGGGAUGGGUUUAAAUUGCAAACUAUAAAAGAUUAAAAUAAUGAGAGGAAACUGCCAUUAAAAACUAUAUUUGUAAUACGUA